AUGUCCCUUCGCACACUGACACGUUUUCUUGUGACUAUCCUAUUCCCUAUAGCAUCAUUUUGCACCAUAUAUCUGUAUCUUUACCCAAUAUUCCACAAUGGCUGCGCCUUUCCCGUAACCACCCGCUCCGGAGCAGGCGCAGCAGCAGCUCAACACUGGCCGUUCAGUUCACUAGUACAAGAUGAUGAGAAACAAAAGCAACCACCAAGGCAUCAUCUACGUGCCCCAUUCCGGCUCCUCGUGCUAGCAGACCCCCAACUGGAAGGCGACAGCUCGCUUCCGGACCCUGAGGAUGGAUUCCUCCGCCGCCUUGCGCGACACGGAGAGCGUGUCUUCGCGCCCAAUCAGAAAAAAUCACAUCGCAAGCAGGUCAUCAAGACAGCACUGAAGGGUCUAUUUUUCAGGGAUAUACCCGAGGUUCUGCAGGGAUGGCGUAAAAGGUUGGACCUGUUUGGCAACGACUACUAUCUCGCUCAUAUAUUUCGGACGCUUCAUUGGUGGACGGACCCAACGCAUGUCACGGUUUUGGGAGACCUGCUUGGGAGUCAAUGGGUGACAGAUGAGGAGUUUGAGGCUAGGGCGUGGAGGUACUGGAAUAGAGUGUUUGCUGGUGGGCGGCGGGUAGAAGAUGAGCUGAUAGACACCGCCCAGGGGUCCCCGGAUUCCCACAAUCUUCUUGGAAUGAAAGUCACAAUAGACCACGGUUGGAAGGACCGUGUCAUCAACAUCGCUGGAAAUCAUGAUAUUGGUUACGCCGGAGAUAUCUCAAAAGCACGGAUCGCACGCUUCGAAAGGCACUUUGGACGUGCAGAUUGGGAUAUACGAUUCAAUCUCCCAGGUUCAGAAGAGCAGAACAUCCCUACCAUUAAUCCUUCCUUGCACCUGAUUGUGCUAAACGAUCUCAUCCUCGACACACCAGGCUUCGACCCAGAUAUCCAAUCCGCAUCCUACAACCACCUAAAUUCAAUCAUAACUCAACGCUCCCAACCUGUAGAAGACAAAAGUUCAUUCACUCUUCUCCUCACCCACAUCCCUCUUUACAAACCGGAAGGGAACUGCAUCGAUGCUCCCUUCUUCGAUUUCCACCACUCCGACGAUUCAGCUGGCGCGUACAGAUCCGGCGGGCUGAAGGAGCAGAACCAUCUUAGCGAGCACGUCAGCCGAUCCGGAAUCCUAGAAGGCAUUUACGGAAUGAGUGCCAACCCGAAUGCAGCUGGGAACGGUAAAGGGAGGAAAGGAUUGAUUUUGACCGGGCAUGAUCAUGAGGGUUGCGACGUCUGGCACUAUCUGCCUGAGUCUGCCACUGACCCCACCACUAGCGGGCACCGAUCUGAUGAGGAGGUGAAGUUCGGAGGCUGGGAGAGCAUUCCGUGGCGCAAUUCCAAUAUCAGUGCCUCGCAUACUGGCAUUAGAGAAAUCACUCUCCGAAGCAUGAUGGGAGAGUUUGGUGGAAAUGCGGGGCUCUUGAGCCUUUGGUUUGAUUUUGAGACGGAGGAAUGGCAGUACGAGGUACGAAUGUGUCGCUUGGGUAUUCAGCAUUUCUGGUGGGGUGUUCAUGUGUUGGAUUGUAUCACGAUAUCCAUGGCGCUUUUGUGGUUGGUAGCCUCACAUUUGUGUGCUUCGCCAACAAGCGUUGAGGGUGACAAGGUCGCUCCCGAGAGAGCUGUAGAUGGCCAGGUGGUCACUGGGAAGAGGGAAUAG